AUGGCAAUUAUAAUGAUCAUAUUCACUAAUGCAGUUAGAGCUGAUGCUGAUGAAGAUAGAAUUGAAUUACUCUUGUCGGAGGUUAAGGGUAAAGAUAUCACCGAAUUGAUUGCAUCUGGAAUGGAGAAGUUGGCUUCUGUUCCUUCAGGUGGCGGUGGUGGUGUUGCAGUUGCCGCCACAGGUGGUGGUGGUGCUGCUCCCGCUGCAGCUGCUGCAGCUGAGCUAAAGAAAGAGGAGAAAGUUGUAGAGAAAGAAGAGUCCGAUGAUGAUAUGGGAUUCAGUUUGUUUGACUGAGGAUGGUAUGAAGCAUGUUCUUUUGUGGUUUUUGGAUAUGAUUUUUUGGUAGUAUUUUGUUAGUGUCAUCUUCAAAUGAAGAAUUUUGUAAGACCUUGCAAAAGUUUCUUUUUAGUUUUUAUACAUCAAAUGUUUUUUAACAUAGUUUUAUAUGACCUUUACUUUUGUUAAUUUGGAUGACAGGAUGUUGCUUCAUUCUGAAGUUGAAAGGAAGUCUCUUCCUCAUCCAGAAAGACCAGAUCGUCUUCGAGCAAUUGCUGCCAGCCUGGCAACUGCAGUUAUUUGCUAGGUACAUUAAUCUUUAUGUUUGAUGGAUCAUGGGUCGUGGGUCAUGGGUCAUGGGUCAGGUGCGUCCUCCAGGUCAUCAUGCUGGAGUGAGACAAGCAAUGGGAUUCUGUCUGCAUAACAAUGCAACCAUUGCUGCAGGAGCAAAAAAAGUCUUGAUUGUUGAUUGGGUAAUAAUCUUUGUAAUUAAAAAAAAAAAAACUA